GCCGGCCGGGGGCGCGCACGAGCAGCAGCUUAGGUAAUCACACGCAUUUGUGCGUGUGGCGGGCGGCUAGGGCCUGAGCAGAAACGCUAACGAUCGCAUAUGGAGUCCCUCAACCUCAACAACCUCGCAAACUCCCUGCCUCCUUCCAACCUUGCAAAGGCAGAGAUGGACCUCACCGACGAUUUUAAGGCGGCCGCACUCAGCCUCACGACGCUCUACCGCUCCUCGAAACGCACAUCCAAGCGGGCGUACAACACAGGCUACGCAGCUGCAUGCCAGGACAUGCUCGUCAUGAUCCAGCAGGGCGUGUCCGCCGGUGACUCGAGUGACUCCGACGGGCAGGGCAUGGCCAUCGGGCGCAUCAUGGACUACAUCGAGGCCCGGCUCGAGGCGAUCAAGUCGUGCGAGGAAGAGGACGACGAGGACGAGAAGGAGCGCGAGCGCGAGCGGUCCAAACCGGGGACGAGCACUGCCGCCCCUGCGAAGCCGGCGCCUCCGCUGGUGGCGGCGAAGCCCGCUGCUGUGUCCGUCCCGACCCCGACCCCGACACCGAGCGCCGUCUCAGCAAGGUCCAGGGAUCUCGCCCCCCUCGCCCCACCUACACCCUAUACCCCAUCAACCCUCUCCGCCAACUCGAUCGCAGCCUCCUCGCCCUCCCCCCUCCAGCGCGCUAACAAGUCGCGCCUCUACGCCAUCGCCACCGCCAAGGACCCGUCCAUCCUCUCCGCAUCGCCCCCGCCCUUCGCCUUCGACACACCAGCCACCGCCGUACUCUCCCCACCCACCGGCGCGCUCGACAUCAGCACAGAUGUCUCCGUCGGCUCAAAGCGGCGGCACAACGUGAUGAUGCUCGACUCGCCUGCGAGCCAGACGGCGACAGAGAGCGGGCCCUCGACACGCCGGAGGACGCGGAGCGCGCGCGGGGCGGCGCUCGCGUCGAAUGCGCAGGCCUUGCACAUACACGAUCAGAACGCCGGGACAGACGCGAUGGACAUCGAGGAGGACGGUCGGGAGAGGAAGCGCGUCGCGCGACGAUAGUCGGCUCGGUGGCACUUCUCGCUUCUCCCCUCUACUAGGUAAUCCCGCCCCUCGCGGUAGGGACGGACACGGCCGUGUAGACGGCGUGCGUAGGCGGGUGCAUAGGCAACCGCGUAUCAUUAUGGCAAACUGAGACGACCGCGACGACUGCGACUCCAUGCGCGUGUAAUACAUAUGUUAGUAGCUUCGUCCUUCACUUCACUUCCCUUCCCUUCCCAACCCAACCCAUUAACCAAUGACCCCCGAUCGACUUACAUUGUAGGCUUGUACGUAGGCACAGCAGCAUACCAGCAGCAUCAUACAUACGCAUCCCUGUAUUCACAAUCGUUCACUGUUCUCCGCAUGACCUUCGCGCUGUGUGUAUUCCCCUCACGCAUAAACGAGCGUCAUCGUGGCUGGUCUCCGGG